GUAAAGAAGCCUUUUCAACCCCAUAAAUAGACCCUUUUGUUCCACACCCUUUGCUUUGAUAGAAAGAAGAAAAGGAUACCAUGAAGUUGGUUGGCGUGUUGGUUUGUUUGCUGAUUGUAGCUAUGGAUAUUGUGGCUGGCUUGCUCGCCAUCGAAGCUGAUAUUGCACAAAACAAGGUGAAGCACUUGCGUCUGUGGAUAUUCGAGUGCAGAGACCCAAGUGAGCAGGCUUUCAAAUUGGGGCUAGGAGCAGCAGGGCUGCUGGGAUUAGCCCACAUAAUUGCUAAUUUGUUGGGGGGUUUCAAUUGCAUUUGCUCUAAGGAAGAGCUUGAGAAAUCUCCCCCCAACAAACAGAUCUCCAUCGGAUGCCUUGUUUUCACCUGGAUAAUUCUAGCGGUGGGAAUGUCGUUGCUGGUGAUUGGGGCAUUGGCGAACAGUAAAUCAAGAACUUCUUGUGGAUUUUCGCAUCAUCACUUUCUGUCGAUGGGAGGGAUUUUGUGUUUCAUUCAUGGCUUGUUUUGUGUUGCUUAUUAUGUUUCUUCCACGGUUGCUUAUUAAAUUUUCGUUUUAGAUUCAAACUUGUAAGAAUUCUACUAAUUUUAUGAGUACAAAAGUAAAGGGUUAACCAAAAUUUUGAAUUCAA